GCUUCUUCCCCCUCCCGGGGUGAGGGCCCGCUGCUGCACACACCAACAGCCCUUAUCAGCUCUGCCACUCGCCUGGCCGGGGAGAGGCGGUGUCCUGGGGAAGGAAAGGGGUUGUGCCAGGGCUCUGCGGGCAAGGGCUCUUCGGCCGCAGUAGGAAAGGGGCCUCAUCGAGGGGAAAGCCGGGGGGGGGGGGGGCGAGGGCUCAGAGACAGUGUUGAUAAGGGGUGCCCCCGCCCCACCGGGAGGCAGCGCGACGCCCUCCCUUAGGGCUCCCGUCCCACCCUCCACCCGCGAGGAGGAUGCGGAGGCACCGCGGCCGUGCAGCAUCGUGGGGCGUGAAGCCGGCGGCGGGGACAUGAGCCCGGGGUCCGGUUGGGCCCUGGGGCCGCUCCUGCUGCUGCUGGCACUGCUGCAGUGCGCAGCGCGGCGGAAGGCAGUUGUAAAGAGAUCAGUUCCAGAUGUCUGUGCAACUUGCCACGUUCAUGCUACAUGUCAUCAAAUUGAAGGAAAAAGUGUCUGCAUCUGUAACUAUGGAUUUGUAGGCAAUGGAAGAACCCAUUGUCAAGAUAAAGAUGAAUGCCAGAUUGGAGCCAGCAAGAUCUGUGGAAAUCAUACACUGUGUCAUAAUACACACGGAAGCUUUUACUGUGUUUGCCUUGAUGGAUACCGAGCCUCCAACAACAACAAGACAUUUAUCCCUAAUGAUGGCACAAACUGUACAGAUAUAGAUGAAUGUGAGGAGUCUGGGCUGUGUGGUCACAAUGCAAAAUGUGUGAAUACUGAAGGAAGCUACAAGUGUUACUGCAAUGAUGGUUAUAAAUUAGAAAAUGGAGAGCAUUCUUUUCAUCCAGAUGGGAAUACAGUUUCAUGCAGAGAAAUUGGAUGUGGUUCCCCUCCUAAAAUGAAGCAUGGCUACGUUGUGGGGAACUACAGCUUGCUACCAGGAAGUGCGGUUCAUUAUGAAUGUAAAGAAGGGUUUUACAGCAACGAGGGGAAGUUCUCAUAUUGCACUGCAAAUGAAACUUGGGAACCUGCCACUUUAAGCUGUAAAGGUGUGGAUUGUGGGAUUCCACCCUCUGUUUUAAAUGCACAUCCAGCAUCUGUAAGUGGGACUACAUAUGGAAGUGAAGUUACUUACAAUUGUGUUCAUGGUUACUUUAUGGCAAGUGGCAAUCAGACUGCAGUCUGCAAUGCCAAAGGACAGUGGGAUGGUACUGAUCUGGUGUGCAAAGAAAUAGACUGUGGCAAACCUUUGCUGAUUCCACAUACAGAAAUGACCUGGGACAACUCUACCACCCUAAGGAGCAGAGUGUACUAUCAGUGUAAAGAAGGAUAUUAUUCUAAUGGAGGCAGGAAUUUUUCAGAAUGCACAAUAGAUCAGUCGUGGGAGAAUAUUACAUUCGUAUGCAAAGAGGAGGAAUUAUUCAGUAAUUUGUCCAUAUUCAAUGAAACGUGUGUGAAGUGGGAAAGGAAAACUGGAAGACUAGGAGUGCAGAAAACAUACACAUUUCACAUACUGGGCCAGAGAUGGGAUGAGAAGAUGUUCUCAGAAGAUGUGAUAUUUAACAUCACGACAAAUGAAGAUAAUCCAAAGGUGUGUUUAGAUCUCGACUCUGGCAGUAACUACGUGGUGAAUAUUACUACAAUUUCUUCCACAGACAUCCCUGUCUCAGUUAUAUUAGCAGUUCAAACAAAGGUAAAGGAAGCUUUCAAUAAUGUACUAAUUUUUAAUGAUACCUGCUUGAAAUGGCAGAGAAAUGUCAGGGGAACUGAUGUGGAAGACAGAUAUUCGUUUCAUGUGCAAGGCCAGCGUUGGUAUCAGAAAGAGUUCUUUCAUGAAAUGAUCUUUGACCUUACUACACACAAGCAGGCUCCAGAAGUUUGUUUUGAUUUGCAGCCAGGCACCAAUUACUCUGUUAAUAUUUCCAUGGCAGCUUUGAAUUUUUCAUUGCUUGUUUCCAUAACAACACAAAUCACAGAUCCCCCUUUCCCAGCUGUAGAAUUUGUUUCAGUAACAGGUUCUGCACCUUUGCUCAGACUUCGGAAAGCAGAAGAUCAAAAUGGACCAGUCAGUUUUUAUCAAGUCAUUGUGCUUCCUCUGGAUUUGCAGAGCACCUUUAUUUGUGACUCCUUUGCUGCUGCAACUUUCUUUAGUAACACCACUGAUGUUAAAGGAUAUGUGGCAGCUGAAUUUCUGGCGAAGGAUGUUGCCGAUAACAUGCCAGUUUCUCUUGGAGACAGACAUUACUACGGAAAAUUCUAUAAUGCUCCUUUAAAGCUGGGAGAAGAGUAUUGCGUGUUUUUAAGGGUAAUAAGUGAAUGGAAUAAGGUGAGAACACAGUCCUGUGCUAUUUGGGCACAAAUUAAAAAUUUAGCACCCACUCCUACUCACUACAUGACUGCUGUUGGAUUAGGGUCAGUUGCUACUGUCUGCCUUAUACUGUUUCUGACAUUCUCAGCAGCUCGCUCUUAUCUCCACAACACAGUGAGCUCCCCACCUGCUGCUUUAGCCUGCGAAGCUGUGUAUUUAUCUGCCACAGUGGACACAUCACAAAUGGGGAUUACAUCGUCAUUCCUAGAGACUGAAAAUGUGUCUCUUCUCUGAAGUGUUAGCCCCUGAAGUCAGCAUAGAGAAAAUGCGCUCUUCUUGCUAAAGCCAGCAUCUGAUGAAUAUAGAUGUAUCUGCAUAGCAUAUAGAUACUACAGCACGGGCAGUUAAAAUGUGUGUUACUGGAAGUGAGAUAUUUAUUGUCUCCCCUUUUUCCAGGUGAUGUGGUAUGUGAAAGAGAAUCUUCCUUCACAAACAGGCUUGUGUCAGGGACAUUAUCAUGCAUCCCGUGCGUUGGCCAAAGGCUUUCAGCUAUUACAGCUACAUAAUGUAAUAAUGCCUGAUAAUGAGUGUCUGUAUUGUACUUUAUUACAUGAAUAAUCUCCUGAUCCAUUUGAGACUGUUGUGAGGAUCAACUGCUACUUCACAUACUUUAGGACACAUAAACUGGUCCAUUAUGAGAAAAAUCACAGAUUAACACUUAUGUCAGAUAAAGUGCCUAUUGUAUUUCCAAGUAUAAAGGUAGAUGUUCAUCAGUCACUUAGAAGUAAUAGUACUUCAGUAAUAAGUACAGAGUUGUUAGCCAUAAAGUUGUCACAUUCAAACAGUGUCAGCAGUAAAUAUGUUCCAGAGGCAUUGCAAUCAUUGCUCAUAGCAGUUAGCAAUAAUUGCAAAUAAUAUACCAAUCUAUAAAAAUGCAGUUUGCUGAAAAGUUGAGUAGCCUUAAUGGCAUGUGAAACUAAUUUAAGUAAGGAGCUACCUGUGAUAAAUGCAAUUUUGUUAAUAUCUGUUCUGUAAUUACUUCUGAGUAGAGUCAUUAAAUCAUUAUCUGGUUAAUGAGCUGGUGUGUAACAUCUGGUUAGAGUCACUUAAUAAAGUACAAUUAACCAAUUUCCUAUGUCAUAUUCCCAGUUAAUAUUUUUUCCUUCUGUAAGAAAGAAUCAAAUCCCUUUGAUUAUUUCCACUCCUGAUCAGAAGUUGCUUUGAGAUAUAUUAGCAAAAUCAUUCUGUUAACUGGUGAAAUAAAGAAGCAAGAGUUUUGGUUUUUA